CCGCCCCGGCUCUGACCUCCCCGAGGAGGAAGCGCACAAUGGGGCUGCAGUGCUGAGUGUGGGAUUUGCGUUCCCUUUUGCUUUGCUUCAGCACCCUUUUUGGCAUGGCACGUGUGCUGGGGCCUUCAGAAACCUGCUUAAGUCAUUUGUUUUCGAAAUAGUGAAGACCUCUAUGGGUGGGCAGGGCCUGGAGGCAUUGCCCUGUUAAAUCUCUGCAUGAGAACUACAACGCUGCUAAAACACAGAGGUAUUUUCCUCUGCAUCUUUCCCUCCUCCAUCAGAACUUCUCAGCACUUACUUCUGCCUGGCGAACUCCAGAUCCAUUUUGUGGCUUUUCAGGGCUGCCUCCAUUCGCCCCAUCUCAAACUGAGCAUUCCCAAUGCAGCUGUGGAGGUUCCCAAUCAGCUCCUUCUUGUUGGGAACUUCAUCCUCUGACCACCCUUCUAUUGUUUUCAGCACACGCUCUGCUUUCUUGCAGCUCUCUUUGGGGCAGUCUCCAGUCAGCACUGAGGACAAAGAGGGAAACUGAGUGCUGGUGUAGAGGCACACCGAUAGCGGGGAGCCGGGACACGUACACAUAUCGAUGUCCUCCAUACUCUUCACAAUGUAUCUGGCCACCUCGGCUGGUUUGGGUUUCUUCUCUCGGACCCAUUUCUGCUGCCUGAGCCUGCGCUCCCUCACACGGGCAUAGAUGGGCUUCUGCUGCUGCCAGAACUCAGCGCGUGUGUCCAGCGCAGAUUGCUGUGAUUGAAAGGAGGAAACGUUCAGAGGUAGCUCUGAAUAUUGGAUUUGGCUCCAAAGACACCUGGACUCUGCAGACAUCUGCCUCUCUCCAACACUGCUAUCACUACAAGCUAUGUGAGCUCGGAGACAAACACGAGUAGUAAUAAGGAUACGAAAGAAGGAAAGAAGGUCCUGCUUAGAAGGAACAUUUAAGUGAAAACAACGGAGAAAACCUUCAUCCUUGAGCAGCUUUUCUAGCAAGAAAAAAACUAAAGUAAGUGUGGCGGGAUUGCUGGGGAACACCGGAAUUAUCAGGAAGGCCUGGCUUCCAGAACUGCUGACCCUCUGUGCAGGUCAAGUUCCUUUAAGUAAAAGCAGUCAGUGUCUCACAGAGAGCUUUUAGGCUCCUGUGUGCAAAUUAUUUCCACUGCAAGCUACCCAUAAUUCCAGCUGAAAGAAAGCAAUGAGCAUUCACUGCACUGCCUUCAAAGGGAAACGGUGUGGCAUCUCAGAGGAGCAAAGCACUGCUUCAGAGGAGCACCCCAAAAUUAAGCAAUUGAGAAAGUGUCCGUUAUCAGAACUGUGAACCUCAAACAGCAGAGCACGCUCUAGCAGUGAAAGGAAGGGUGAAAAACAGCUCUUUGUUUGGGCCUGGUCAGAAGGGAGGAAGCAGCUUCAAAUGUUGUUGUGGAAGAAUUUCCUCCAAUAAGACAGUCCAGAUGCUUGAAGGCAUUUAAAGCUUCAGCUCAGCACGACAAGCGUUUCCACUGAGAGCUGUGAUGGUGUCUUGGUGUUUGCACUGAACUAAGAAAGCAGCAGUAACAGAGGAAAGCAAACCAGGACUCAGUUCUCUGAUUUAUGCCAGAAAUUAUGAAAGCAGUGCUCCAUUGCAAUAGUCAACAGUUUCACUGCUCUUAUGCAAUGUAAACUGGAGGGAAAUCAGGAUCUCAGGAAGGCCAAUUUCAGGUGGGCAGAUUUCACUAUAAACUUUUUAACGCCAGGAUAAAGAUCUCAAAAUGGAUUCUGUAAUCAGUAGGGCUAUAAGUGGGUGUGCUGCUGUGUCCUGUAUUAUUUAGGACAUUUUCACGGUGACUUUAGAAAUGUAAGUACUGGGGUCAUAAUUCACUCCCAUAAUUAUUAGUUAUGAGACACAGGCAUUCAGACAUAAAAGAAAAGAAGAAGAAAGAGAGAAGAAUGGGAUGUGGUCUUUUCAGUGCUUCUUGGUUUCAAAUAAGAAUGGCUGUGGAGCUCACGAAUCCAGAAGCAAAGGAACUCUGCUGUUACUUGGUCCUUAGGAAACAUGUUAACAGCUAUCAGCUGUUAGCAGCUGAUGACAGAACACCACUAACAGCCUCAGCUGUGCCUGCAGGCACCACGAAAGGGAACUUCUUACUUCCAAUGCAGUUGAUGAUCGCCUCGUGGGACUUCUGGAUGCCCAGCCUGAACUUCUGCAGCUCCGGGCGCAGUUCGCAGCCUCGGUGGUAGAACACCAAUGCAAACUCAAAGUCACCCAUGGUAUAUAACGCCUCAGCCUUUUGGUAAAGGCCCUGCAAAGACAUUUGAAGGGGAAAAAAAAACAACAAACCAUGCUUCAAAGCCCCCAGCCAAUCCUCCCCUGGGCAGAAGUGAAAGCCCUGCACAUACAGCCAGGUUUGCAUACAAUACAAGCCAACCCCGGGGCUCUUCCUCAGAGGGCUGAGCUCUCUGGAAGCAGUGCAGAGGAGCUCAGCGUGCUGUCAUUUGGCUGUCAGUUAUCCCAGAGCAUCCCAGCCCUGAAGGGCUCUGGACGCUUCAGCAUCCUUCAGGGAACUCUGCGUGUCCCCGAGCUUCAGUCUAGGCAGCCAUGUCAGCCAAAGCCAUCUCCGAGCAGACGGGGAAGGAGUUCCUGUACAAGUACAUCUGCACAUCCUCUGCCAUCCAGAACCGCUUCAAGUAUGCCCGUGUCACCCCAGACACCGACUGGGCACGGCUCACCCAGGACCACCCCUGGCUGCUGAGCGAGCGUUUAGUGGUGAAGCCAGAUCAGCUGAUCAAGCGGCGUGGGAAGCUGGGGCUGGUUGGAAUUAACCUCACACUGGAUCAGGUGAAGGUUUGGCUCAAGCAGCGUUUGGGCCAAGAAACCACGAUUGCUAAUGCAAAGGGAAUCCUGAAGAAUUUUCUGAUUGAACCCUUCGUCCCUCACAAACAGGAGGAAGAGUUCUAUGUCUGCAUAUAUGCUGCCCGGGAGGGAGACUAUGUCCUCUUCUACCACGAAGGUGGUGUGGAUGUGGGAGAUGUUGAUGCCAAAGCUCAGAAGCUGCUUGUGGCAGUGGAUGAAAAGCUUAAUGAGUCAGAUGUGAAGAAGCAUCUCCUGCAGCACGCACCAGCGGAUAAAAAGGACAUCUUGGCUAGCUUCAUCUGUGGCCUGUUCAAUCUUUAUGAGGAUCUGUAUUUCACGUACCUCGAGAUCAAUCCUUUAGUAGUGACUAAGGAUGGUGUCUACAUCCUUGACUUGGCUGCGAAGAUUGAUGCAACUGCUGACUACAUCUGCAAAGUGAAAUGGGGCGAUGUGGAGUUUCCCCCUCCCUUUGGCAGGGAAGCCUACCCAGAGGAAGCCUACAUUGCUGAUCUGGAUGCAAAGAGUGGAGCCAGCUUGAAACUUACUAUUCUCAACCCUAAAGGCAGGAUCUGGACCAUGGUGGCUGGCGGUGGUGCCUCUGUGGUUUACAGUGACACUAUUUGUGACCUGGGGGGCGUGAAUGAACUGGCUAACUAUGGUGAAUACUCAGGAGCCCCAAGUGAGCAACAGACCUAUGACUAUGCCAAGACUAUUCUCUCCUUAAUGACACGAGAGAAGCACCCUGAAGGCAAAAUCCUGAUCAUUGGAGGCAGCAUUGCUAACUUCACUAACGUAGCAGCCACUUUUAAGGGCAUUGUUAGAGCAAUUAAGGACUACCAAGGCCCUCUGAAAGAGCACGAGGUGAGGAUCUUUGUGCGGAGAGGAGGCCCAAACUACCAGGAAGGAUUGCGUGUCAUGGGAGAAGUCGGGAAGACCACCGGCAUCCCCAUCCACGUCUUUGGCACAGAGACUCACAUGACUGCGAUUGUGGGGAUGGCACUUGGCCAUCGACCUAUCCCCAACCAACCACCCACUGCAGCCCACACUGCCAACUUCCUCCUCAAUGCCAGCGGCAGCCCAUCGACUCCCGCACCAAGCAGAACAGCUUCUUUCUCCGAAUCCAAACCUGAUGAUAUUGCUCCAGCCAAGAAGGCAAAGCCAACAGCACCUCUUGAUUCAGUCCCAGCUCCAAGACGUGGUGCAGGUAAAGCUACAACCCUGUUCAGCCGUCACACCAAAGCUAUCAUCUGGGGAAUGCAGACACGAGCUGUGCAGGGAAUGCUGGACUUUGAUUAUAUCUGCUCCCGAGAUGAACCUUCUGUAGCUGCCAUGGUUUAUCCAUUCACUGGUGACCACAGGCAGAAGUUCUAUUGGGGCCACAAAGAAAUCUUGAUCCCAGUCUAUAAGAACAUGUCUGAUGCCAUGAGGAAGCACCCAGAGGUGGAUGUUCUCAUCAACUUUGCAUCUCUACGCUCUGCUUAUGACAGCACUGUUGAAACGAUGAAUUAUCCACAGAUCCGCACCAUUGCCAUUAUUGCUGAGGGCAUUCCAGAGGCACUGACACGCAAGCUGAUCAAAGCAGCUGAUAAAAAAGGAGUCACUAUCAUUGGGCCUGCAACUGUUGGUGGGAUCAAACCAGGUUGCUUCAAAAUAGGCAACACAGGAGGCAUGCUUGAUAAUAUCUUAGCAUCAAAACUGUACCGUCCUGGUAGCGUGGCUUAUGUUUCAAGGUCUGGAGGAAUGUCUAAUGAGCUCAACAACAUAAUUUCCCGAACCACUGAUGGGGUCUAUGAAGGGGUGGCCAUUGGAGGAGACAGAUAUCCUGGUUCGACUUUCAUGGAUCACGUCUUGCGUUAUCAGGAUACCCCAGGAGUGAAAAUGAUUGUUGUACUUGGAGAGAUUGGAGGCACAGAAGAGUACAAGAUCUGUAGGGGUAUUAAAGAAGGCCGUAUCACCAAGCCGGUGGUGUGCUGGUGUAUUGGUACUUGUGCCACCAUGUUCUCUUCAGAGGUGCAGUUUGGCCACGCAGGGGCUUGUGCAAACCAGGCUUCUGAAACUGCUGUUGCAAAGAAUCAAGCCCUGAAAGAAGCUGGUGUGUUUGUUCCGCGCAGUUUUGAUGAGCUGGGAGAGGUCAUUCAGUCUGUCUAUCAGGAUCUUGUGGCGAAAAGAGUGAUUGAGCCAGCUGAGGAAGUUCCUCCUCCAACUGUGCCAAUGGAUUAUUCCUGGGCAAGGGAGCUGGGUCUGAUCCGCAAGCCGGCUUCCUUUAUGACAAGCAUCUGUGAUGAGAGAGGUCAGGAACUGAUUUAUGCUGGCAUGCCAAUCACUGAAGUCUUCAAAGAAGAGAUGGGAAUUGGAGGAGUUCUGGGCCUGCUCUGGUUUCAAAGGAGGUUACCAAAGUAUGCCUGCCAGUUCAUUGAGAUGUGUUUGAUGGUAACAGCAGAUCAUGGGCCUGCUGUGUCUGGAGCCCACAACACUAUUGUCUGUGCGAGAGCUGGAAAAGAUCUUGUUUCAAGUCUCACUUCAGGCCUUCUUACUAUUGGUGACCGCUUUGGUGGAGCGCUGGAUGCUGCAGCUAAAAUGUUCAGCAAAGCUUUUGACAGUGGGAUUAUCCCUAUGGAGUUUGUGAAUAAGAUGAAGAAAGAAGGGAAACUGAUCAUGGGCAUUGGACACAGAGUCAAAUCUAUAAAUAACCCAGACAUGAGAGUUCAGAUUCUCAAAGACUACGUGAAGCAGCAUUUCCCUGCCACUCCGCUCUUGGAUUAUGCACUUGAAGUAGAAAAAAUUACAACUUCCAAGAAACCAAAUCUUAUCCUGAAUGUAGAUGGAUUUAUUGGAGUUGCCUUUGUUGAUGUGCUCAGGAACUGUGGCUCUUUUACACGGGAAGAAGCUGAUGAAUAUAUUGAUAUAGGAGCUCUUAACGGCAUCUUUGUACUAGGCAGGAGUAUGGGAUUCAUUGGACACUACCUAGACCAGAAGAGACUGAAGCAGGGUCUGUACCGUCACCCGUGGGACGACAUCUCCUAUGUUUUACCAGAGCACAUGACGAUGUGAUCGUCAGUCCUGCUGCCUCAACCUUACGCCAAGAAGUUGGAAGCCUGCACAGAGGACAGCAAGGAAUGGGACUUUGAUGUAUAAAGGCCACUGGUAGAGACAUGGAGCUGCCUAGUUAAACAGUGCAAGGCAGCUGUUUUGUGAGAAUAGAAACUUAUCAAAAACCAAAACGUGUGCUGUUCCGUGUUACCUGCUGUAUUUAAUACUGUUUCUCGCCCUUUAUUUUUUUUCUACUCUAGUUUUAUUUUUGUUUCCAGGAAAGAUGUUAAUGAUUCUGGGGGGUUUUGCUCAUGGAUGCAGAGCUGGACCAAACCUUUCCUGAGGGGGGGGGGGGAGGGGAGGUGCCCCUCGUUGCCAUAAGCUCUGAUUUGGUGGAUUGUUUUGUGUGGGGUUGGGGGAUGUUUUUCAGUUUGUUUCCUGUGUGUUCAUCAGUCUAAUCGUACCCGAAUAGUGGGACCACUGCUGAUCUAUAACCUGUGGUACUCAGACUUUGGUGUAGUCAUUUAAACUGUCAAGUUGUACCAUAUACUGCUGUUAAACUGUGAAACCACACGUAUUGCAGUGCCUGUAUUUAUGCAAACUUCUGCCGGUCUAUGGGAGGUCAGCCCCGUGAUCUCACUGAUAACUUCAGGCUCCUCUCUGUGUAUUGUAACCGAACUCAAAUAAACCAUGCCCUGCUCGCUCA